AUGAAGAAAGGGAUAGCGUUUGAAUGGACGCCCGCGUGCAAGGAAGCUUUUAGGCAUUUCAAGGAAAUCCUAGCGGCGCCCCCGGUUCUCGAGAAACCAAGGGUCGGGGAGCCGCUGUACCUAUACCUCACCAUAACAGGAGAAGCCUUGGCCGGGGUUCUAGUAAGAGAAGAAGGGAGGGCUCAACAACCAGUCUAUUUCAUGAGCAGGGCCUUACAAGGGGCAGAAUUAAGGUACAACAAACUGGAAAAACUAGCUCUAGCACUCUUGACCUCUUCACGGAGGUUAAAACAAUACUUCCAGAGUCACCGGAUAGUCGUAAGAACAGACCAAGGGAUCCGACAAGUGCUCCAAAAACCCGAGGGAAGGAUGAUGACUUGGUCCAUCGAACUUUCCCAAUAUGACAUACGGUACGAGCCCCGGCAAGCAAUCAAGGCGCAAGCAAUGGCAGAUUUUCUAGUAGAAGUAACGGGAGAUCCAACCGAAGAAGCGAGCACACGGUGGAAGCUCCACGUAGACGGAGCCUCCCACCAGACCUCUGGGGGCACCGGGAUCAUCCUGGAAAGCCCGGUUGGAGUCAUAUACGAGCAGUCAAUCAGGUUCGAAUUCCCCGUUUCAAACAACCAAGCAGAAUACGAAGCCCUCAUAGGGGGCUUAACCCUAGCAGCGGAAGUCGGAGCAACGAGGUUGGAAAUAUGCAGCGAUUCACAGGUCGUCACCUCCCAGGUAAACGGGAGCUAUCAAGCCAGAGACGCAUUAUUGCAAAAGUACUUGGAAAAUGUCAAGGAUUUGAGUCAAAAGUUUGAAGAGGUCACGAUCCACCACGUGCCCAGAGAAAGAAAUACACAGGCAGAUCUCCUAUCAAAACUGGCCAACACCAAGCCGGGAGAGGGUAACCGGUCUCUUAUCCAAGGUAUGACGAGGGAGCCAGCGAUCACUCUACACCUAUCAAGGCUAGGCCCCUCAUGGAUAGACCCCAUCACCAACUUCUUAGAAAACGGCAAACUCCCCGAUGACGAAAAGGAUGCCGCGAAACUAAGAAGGGAAGCGGCCAAGUACGCGAUCAUCCAGGGACAGCUAUUCAAGAAAGGACUCAACCAGCCCCUACUGAAAUGCCACACCCCGAACAGACGAGCUACGUCCUCAGGGAAGUCCACGAAGGUUGCUGCGGACAUCACAUUUGGGGCAAAGCCCUAG